AUGGACCACGUCAUGUCGGAUGACACUCCCAACCUGACCGGGGAGGAGUUCCUUCUUGAAGAUCCCACUGACGACCUCUCGCUUGAGGACCUCGGCGGUGACGACUCUCAUGCUGCCAAGAAGCCGUGUGUUGCCACGGAUGGGUUUGAUGAUGGUAACCCCGGGACUUCCGCGGGUGUUUUGGCGACUCCCCCGAAUGCGCGCACUGCAUCAGCCCCUCAGCAGGGGCCGAACAUGCUCGCGCAAUCUGUCCCCAACCCCCGGGCGCAAGUCAACCAGCCCCCCCCUGGGGCUGGCAGCCCCGAGCCUGCCAUGGCUCCCCCGACGGCUCCUCCGCCUACUCAGCCGGUCCACGUGAAUGGGGCAGUCUCGGUGUCAGCGGAAGCGCAGCCCCCACCUCCCCGCCCCCUCCACCGCCCGCGUUUGGCCGUUGCGGGUUCGGUUUCUCUCCCCUGCCGCCGCCGGGCGGUAGUCACCCUUCUGCUGCCGGAAGCUGGUGCUGACGCGAAUCGGGCCGACAUUUUGGUCCGGCUGUCCGCCCUCCUCCGGGGACACAUGUUCCCGAACGGAACCAUCCCUCCUUACGAGGCUACGCCUAGUGAGGCGCUCCGGGCGUAUGACGACCCCCAUCCUGAAUUUACCGCCUCCAAGACCAACGGCGCGACCACACCCUCUGUCCGCAAUGUUCCCAUUGGUUACGACCAGGAAGACAUCAAGGAGUUCCUCCUGAAUGCCAUGACGAAGGAUGACCUGCCGUGGCUUGAGGACCUCCAGCACUUCCACCGGAUCUCGGACCCCUUUGAGGGAGUGGCCUUCACGAUUAUGGAUGGACUUCCGAUACCAUGCCCCGAUGACCCUACCUUCAAACGCAUUCCGGCGUCCAUCCCUCUGGAGGAAGGAGGCCUACCCAUGCUGCUCAACUUCUCUUCUCACACAUGCUCCUUCUGCGCGAGCAACCACUGGGAUGUGGACCAUGAGUCCUUUGCGGCGCGCCGUAGGCAGCGCCUCCCCAACAAGCACACUAUCACGGUUGGCCAGCUCCAGCAAUCCAAUGGCCAGAUCCUUGGCGCUCAUGCUGUGCCUGUGUUGUUCCGCAACGACCCAGGCCUGCUCUUCAUUGGGCUCGACUCGCUCGUCGAAACAUGGACCUAUGUCCUCUGCGAUUUUCGCUGCGGAAAGGCUCUCGACAGCGCUAUGUCUCACAUGGCUUCCGGUCAGCACGCCGCGCAGCUGCGCGCCACCUCUCACCCCCCUCCGGCCAAGGAAAAGUACAGUACUUGGCGUGCUUUAACCCUGCUCGAGGAGCCGCGCAUUGCAACCUUCGUGCGUGCUUGA